AUGGCGUCGCUACUUUCCUUCCUGAGCACUUUGCUUCUUGUCUCCUCCUCGGUCACUGCUCAACCUACCUACGGAGGGUCUCCCGUUGCUACGGUCAAGAAUGGUACCUACGAAGGCCGCUUUGAACCAUCAUAUGGAACGGAAUACUUUUUGGGCAUUCCGUAUGCGCAGCCUCCCGUCAAGGAUCUUCGUUUCCGGCCGCCUGUUCCGUUGAAUUCAUCAUGGGAAGGUACCAGGAAUGCUACUGAGUUUGGAUACCAAUGCAUUGGAUAUGGCAAAGACACAUGGAGUCAAGGUAACUACGUCAGUGAAGACUGUCUGACGCUCAACGUGAUCAAGUCGCGCGGAUCUGGUCCGGGUCUACCAGUGGUCGUCUGGAUUCACGGCGGAGGAUACACCAAUGGAGGCGCAUCGGACAACCGUUACAACCAGUCCUUCAUCGUACAGCAGUCCGCAGAAGCAGGAAUGCCGAUUCUCGCCGUGUCAAUCAACUACCGUCUGAGCUCGUGGGGAUUUCUUUACGGCAAGGAAGUGCAGGACAGUGGCAACACGAUGCUCGGGUUCCGCGAUCAGCGUCUCGCACUCCACUGGGUUCAAGAGAACAUCGCGGCGKUUGGUGGGGACCCCAACAGGGUGACCAUUCAAGGCGAGAGCGCCGGCGCGUUCUCAGUUGGUGCCCAACUUCUGGCAUAUGGAGGCCGUGACGACAAGCUGUUUUCCCAGGCAAUUGCUCAAUCUGGAGCUCUACUCCGCCCAGAAGCCUAUCCGACACCGGAGUCUUGGGAACCAGUCAUUGCCAACAUCUCAGCAGGCGUUGGCUGCACCAAUUCAUCUGAUGUGCUGGACUGUCUGAGGUCUGUGCCAGUGGAGGAGCUGAGCAGUGUACUCAACUCGACAGCGACCAGCGGUGCUGUAUAUGGAGUGGUCAUUGACGGAGAUUUCAUCACAAAACCCGCUGUUGAGCAGAUUGAAGAUGGAGACUUUGUCAAAGUACCAUUCCUGCUCGGGUGUAAUGCCGAUGAGGGGACGAGCUUUGGCCCGAUUGGAAUCAACACGACCGCCGAAUUGAACAACUACAUCGGACGCUUGGGCUACGAUAACGCCACUGCUCAGGAUUUCAACAUUCUCUAUCCCGACAUCCCCCGAAUUGGUAUCCCAGCAACCUACCCCGGCAGACCCAAUGGCACGUACGGUGCACAAUACAAGCGAUCUUCGGCAUUGGUUGGRGAUCUACGCCAGCAUGUUCCCAGGAGAUUAUCGGCACAGGCAUACGCCAAAUACGACGUACCAAUGUACUCUUACUUUUUCAACGCGAGGCCCAAUGGCAUCAGUUGGACAUCAGGAGUUCCGCACUUCCAGGAGGUCGCUUUCGUCUUUUACAAUACUCAAGGUCUAGGAUAUCCUCAAAAUGGAGGCCCCAAUCCGCUUGCCGGUAACGAGAAACUCGUUGAGCUUGCACUACUCAUGACAAGACAAUGGAUUUCAUUCAUUGCCUUUGGAAACCCCAACACCAAUUUGGGAGUCGAAGCCGAAAACUGGCCCAGAUAUACAUUAGAAGACCCCCAAAACUUCGUCUUUAGCGAAAAUGUCACAUCGCACGCAGAAAAUGACGACUACCGCGUCGAGGGAAUGCAGUACAUUUCGGAUCUCUUCGCUGCGAGGCGCGGAAGGAACUGCACAGGAAUCGUGGACUGCACGAGCUGA